AUGGCACACAUCAUACUCACGGGAGCCACCGGCCAGGCAGGAUCCGCAGUACUCGCUUACGCCUUAAGCUCACCCGCCGUAUCCCGGGUAUCACUCCUCAGCCGGCGCCCAGUCAAGCUCGCCGAGAGCUCACCCAAAGCCAACGUUAUCAUACACUCAGACUUCUCGAGCUACCCAGAGGCGAUACUAGACCAGCUCAGGGGGGCAACAGCAUGCAUAUGGGCGCAGGGGAUCAGCAGCCAAGGCAUGAGCGAGGACGAGUACACCAGGAUCACGCUGGACUACCCCGUAGCAGCAGCCAAGGCGUUCGCCGGCCUCGCGGAGAGGAUGAACUUCGUGUAUUUCUCCGGAGAGGGAGGGGAUAUGGAGGAGAAGGCGUCGACGAUGUUCGGCAGGAUCAAGGGCCGCGCCGAGAGCAGGCUGCUUGCGCUGCAGAAAGACGGGGAAUAUCCUAGCCUGCGGGUCUACAACAUCCGACCUGCCAUCAUCAACCCGCAGGGCAACUACCUGGCGGAAAGGAGCGUGACUCUGCACGAUCGAGCAUCGACGUGGGUGGGUGGGCUUGCUUCGGUGGUUUGGAAGAGCUUUGUGAUACCCUCUGAUAAGCUGGCAAAAGCUUGCACGGACUUGGCUGUUGGAGACGGUGAGGCUGUACCUGCUGGCGAAGGCGUUGAAGCCGAUGGGAGGUUGUUGCGAAACACGGCGUUGCGGAGGUUGGCCGGAUUGUGA